AUGGGGCCUCCCGCAUUUCUGUUCGUCGUGAGACAUGGAUUCCGACUUGAUGCUGCCGACAAGCAAUGGCAUCUCUCCUCUCCCACGCCAUACGACCCUCCACUCACCUACAACGGCUGGCAACAAGCAAAGAGCUUGGGCGCCAGGAUAGCCUCGAUAAUCCGCGACAAGAUCGAUGAGGACGAGGAAGCGGCGUCGUUGUCGGAAAAUCCCGGUGCAAAGCAAAAACACAAGAGAUACAAGGUCGUCCUGCACAGUUCACCGUUUCUUCGCUGCAUACAAACAGCUAUUGCCAUCAGCGCCGGGCUUGCUCAAGAUUCCACGCCGUUUGUGCCGAAGACCUGCCUGGCCAGAUACCCCACACCACCCUCCGACCAGGAUGCACAAACCAGGCCGGCUGUUACCACGGACGUGCGGGACACCAGGAAUCCGACUUCAGGGUUUAACUCAGCCGUCCAAAUACAACGAUCUGUGUUGCGGCUCGACGGGUUUUUGGGGGAGUGGCUCUCUCCAGGCUACUUUGAGCUGAUCACGCCGCCCCCCGAAUCCGUCAUGAUGAUUGCCAGCGCGAAGGCCGAUCUCCUCCGCCGCGAAGACUACAGUCACUAUCCAAACCUGAGUGGUCAUAGCCACUCCAAUUCCCGCGGUCAGCUCUGGAGUCCAGUCGGUCGGUCGAGUCCUUUUCCCCCGCCAAAUGACAGCCAGUCGGAUCGAGGGAGGGGUGUGCCCGGCGUGGUCAGUUCGUCGUCUAGGAGUGCGAGUGUCAGCAGCCACAGCAGCCAGAAUAGCCAGAACCAGCGGCCGUCAACUCCCCGCCGACAAGGUCCCGGCUAUAUCUCACCAGUCCCCCAUUACGCCGUCAGUAAUAACAACACGAUUCCGCCGGGAUAUGUCUCACAUGCACGGGACGCUUGUGUCGAUAUCGACUACCAAUGGGACUCAACGCGGCCCCCUCUAAACUGGGGCGACGGCGGAACCUUUCCAGAAGAGUGGCCCGAGAUGCACAAGCGCUUUCGAACAGGAGUGCAGCGCCUGGUCGAUUGGUAUUCGACAGCUGAAAAUCCAACGGCCAUGGUCACUGCUGUUCCACCCAGUUUUAGAAAAGAAUCUGCAGACUCGUUUCUGGAUGACGCCGAAGAUGUUGAGACUGAGGCCGUUGUCAUUCUAGUAUCCCAUGGAGCUGGUUGCAACGCCCUGAUAGGAGCCAUCACCCAUCAGCCCGUUCUGAUGGAAGUGGGCAUGGCGUCUCUGACAAUGGCGGUAAGGAAAUCGAACGAACAGGCCUGCGGGAAUGACGGCAUGAGGCCACCCGACACCCGCCGGGCCACUCCUCCUAUUCACGAGCUCUAUGACCUCAAAUUGUUUGCCAGUACUGAACAUCUCCGAUCACCUGCCCCAACGCCCACGUCUGCACGACCCCCGUUGGUAUCUAACGCCUUCAACAGCGCCCGUGGGCGCCAUCUGUCCUUCUCCACUCAGCCAUAUGACUCUCCGUGGAACGACACUACGGGAAGCAGAAGCUCAUCGGCAAACGCCGCGCUGAGCAGUCUCAGGAGAGGCUCGAACGGCGUGUCAUCAAGGAACCCACCGUUUCCCUCAAACAAUGGGGUCACGGUUGGGAGUGGCGUGACUUCUUUCCCGAAAGCGAAACCAAUAGUGCCUACAUUGGGGCUCUGGUCGCCUUCUACAUCACGCGACGAGGACGAAGACGAUGAUGCCUUGUUCCCGAACUUCGCAAAUGUAGGCGCAGCUGCUGUAGAGGCAGCGUCCGAGGUCCCUCGGACAACAACAGUAGUCGAUAGUGCCCAUGGAUCAACGGAGAAGGCAUCUGCUUCCUCUGCUAAGUCGCCGCAGCUUGGGGCUGGAGCCGGUGGACUGUGGGGGAGUGGGUUGCGGUCUACUUCCGACGAGGGGGACCGGAUUCGGGACCUUAGCCCAACCAAGAGGCGCUGGACCGUGGCCGAGCGGAGCUAG